GUAAGGGAAAAAAGGUUAAAAAAGGUAAAGUUGCUUGCCACAUACACAUAUCCCAAAUGGCCACCGGAAAAUUCUUCCAAGAAGUAGAGGUACCUCAGCAAAAAUCUCAAAUCCAAAACCAUCUUCUUUUCCCGGCUGUUUUAUCUCCCGCUGCUACUGAUUCAUCAGUAUGUGUUUUGGAAGACGCGAUUAGAGCCGAAAAGGCAUGGCUAGAGUGUCUUCUGAAUGAACGAGGUGCUAUUCUGUUUCGAGGCUUCCCUGUUACCUCUCCCGAUGACUUCAACGACGUCGUUGAAGCUUUCGGUUACCCAGAAGCAAUCUAUGUGGGUGGCCGAGCUUCUCGAACCAAAGUUGUUGGCAGAGUUUACACUGCAAAUGAAUGCCCUCCUCAUAUGGGAAUUCCUUUCCAUCAUGAAAUGUCUUACGUUCCAGAUUUCCCUACCAAACUGGUUUUCUUUUGCGAAGAAGAACCAGGAAAAGGUGGGGAAACCCCAAUAGUUUUGAGUCAUAUCAUUUAUGAAAGGAUGAAGGAGAAACACCCUGAGUUCGUGGCACGGCUAGAGGAGCAUGGAUUGACAUACAUCAAAUUCGCAGGUGAUGAGGACGAUCCAUCAUCCUUCACAGGCAGUAGCUGGAAAUCAGCAUACAAGACUGAUGACAAAAGUGUUGCCGAGGAAAGGGCAGCUAAGCUGGGAACAAAGCUAGAAUGGAUGGGGAAUACUGCAAAAGUUAUAACAGGUCCAGUACCAGCCAUCAGGUUUGAUAAAGAGAGUGGCCGAAAAACAUGGUUUAACAGUCUUUCAGCUAGUUAUAGUGGCCCUGCAAGUGAGAAAGGUUCUAACAGGAAUACAACAGUGGAGCUUGGUAAUGCAGACCCUAUACCUGAUGAUGCUAUGGAAGACUUGAUGAAAAUCCUGGAAGAAGAAUGUGUUGCGAUACCUUGGAAGAAAGGUGAUGUCUUGCUUGUUAAUAACUUGAUGGUUCUUCAUAGCCGACGACCACUACUAAAGCCACCCCGUCGUGUGCUAGCUUCCCUUUGCAAGUGAUUGGAAAUUUAAAGAAGUUCUAAAGGAAAUGUCAAAGUUAUGUUAUAUAGUUUUAUAAAGAUAAAGAUAUUUAUUAAACUGUUAAUUAUACUAACUAAUAAGGCCAAGAUGACUCUGUGAUUUUA